CCUGGAUCUGGACUUAUGUUGCUCGUCUAAAAAAUGUUGAAUUUAUUUAGUAUUUUUCUUGCAGUCCUUCAUGUUUCCGAGUCGCCUUGAACGUAACGCAGAAAUCUAACAUGGUGGAACAUCGUUUAAACUAUCAGCAACAUCAACCAGCAACGUUGGAUUUUACAUUCAUCUCGUCCCAAAUCUCCGUGACCUUCCAGCUGCUUUACAACAUGAUUUUAAGAGGAAAACUUCAGGCGGCUGCAUCUGUGCUGACAUCGACCAGCAACGUUGGAUUUUACAUUCAUCUCAUCCCAAAUCUCCGUGACCUUCCAGCUGCUUUACAACAUGAUUUUAAGAGGAAAACUUCAGGCGGCUGCAUCUGUGCUGGUGAUUGUGAUGAGAGCCUUUUCUGUCCAUACUCGAACCUGCCAUCCAUCUGCUAUUAAAAUAGGGAAUGAAUGCUGUCCCAUGUGUCCCGCUGGAAGUCGAGUUAAAAUUGACUGCACAGAGAUCAGAAGUACGUCAUGUCUGCCCUGCAUAGAUGGAUCAUAUACAGACAAACCUAAUGGACUUAAACAAUGUUCUCCAUGUCGUAUCUGUGAUUCAGGUGGUGGUCUGAAGGUGGAGCAGCCGUGUACAGCAGCAUCAGAUACUGUGUGUGAACCAGUAGAGGGAUUCUUCUGUAUCCACUCUACAAAGAGCAGCUGUGCAGCAGCACAGAAACACAGCAGCUGUGAACCAGGACAGUACAUCAGUACAAACGGAACAUCCUCCUCAGACACUGAGUGCUCCGACUGCAGAGAUGGAACAUUUUCAGAUGGAGCAUCUUCAUCUUGUCAGCCACACACACAAUGUGAAUCUAAAAACCUUCAGCAGAUAAAAGCAGGAACGUCUUCAUCUGAUGCUGAAUGUGGAGAAAAAGGUAAACGAAGGAAUGCAGCAAAGCACAGAGACUUUUGCUUUUUAAUGUCACCAAACAGGACAGAAGACCUGGAGGGACAACAGACCAAACAGAGAUGCCAUUAUCUCAAAACAGGGAGGAUGGAUCAAACGUUUGACCCCAGCAGGAUUAAACAGCAUGUUUUUAAACCCAGCGUGUCUGUUCACUGCAGAGUUCAUGUGUUCCAGAAUCCAGUUACACUGCAGCUGGAUGCUGGUACUUUGUGCUGCACAGAACUGAACCACAGAAGCAGCUUUUCCAUCUCCACCACGGGGACGAGCACGUCUUCCAGACCUGCCUGCAGCACACAGUCCUGUUGGGGAGAUAAAUGGUUGGGAGUUGAGACUUCAGAUGGAUCCAGCAUUCAGUCACCUCCUCCCUGUGGUGGAAACAUGGCAGAGCUGAGAACUCUGGGACAGGUGACGAUAGCAGAUGAAGGCACCUGGAGGACCUCCAGACUCAGGUGUGGACGCUACUAGGACUCCUACACAAAGUAAAGAUGGCUAAAGCAUCUCACAGCAGCAGAACAAAGUAGGUUCCACAGAAAGAUGGCGACCCAGUCUCCUACAGCCUUUAAUGGCUCAGCAGAUGUUUUGAAAAAGCCAUUCAUGCAGUUAGAAAAUGUCCCAGAGACCAGAGAGAAAAAACUACAGGCUGUAAAAACUGUUUGGUAAAAGCAUGACAUGCAACGUGCUCCAAGACCCAGACGGAGAGACAAAAGACCACAGACUGCUUGGUAUGAAGAGAAAAGACCAACCUGGACAUCAGGAGGGACACGCAUUACAGCUGCAUUUAAAAUGAUGUCGAUCUGUUGACCUCUGGACAUGAUUCAAGCAUUUAAAAUAAUAUUUGUAUAAAUGUAUGAAGAAUUUCAUGACUAAGCAGAUUUUAUGGACUGAAUGGGAUGUUUUCAUGUGAGGUUUGUAUGUUUUUUCUCUGACAUUGUCCCGUGUGCGUAUGAAGUAUGGUUUGUAUACUGGGUAAUGUAAAGAUUCUUAAAUUUAAUACCAAAUAAACAUAUGGAGAAGAAAAAAGACAAAGACACCAGUGGGUGCUCAGUUUAGAGAAACAAAAGGAAAGUUUGGGAGAAAUGGUUUAAGGAUAAAAGGUAUACAGAUUUGUCAUUUCUAUGAGUAUUAACAUUGUAAUGAAACAGGCUCAUGUGCCUGUUCUCACAGAAGGAUGUCCCCACUGUCUGGGCCCAUCAGUGCAGCUUUUAUCCUCCAUGUGUUUAACUGCUGACUCUAAAGCAUAUAGCAAGGCUGUAAUGUGGGAGCA